AUGUCUGCCCCGGAUUUCGAGACUUGGGCUGGCCGGCCGCCCACGACCGCCUCGCUGUCCACCACCGAGUCGUCCUUCUCCUCGUCCUCGUUCCCUGGCGAGCUUCAGGGCGCCGGUUCGCUUGCCCAGGUCACCAGUGCUUCGACCGAGGUGCCCGCGUAUCCCUCCUCUGACAACCUGCUCCAGGCUGAUGGCCUGCCCAGCAUGGCUCAAGGUGCCGUGACCUAUCCGCUCCUCUUUCGCGCCGCCGACGAGGUCCCUCGCUUCUUCGUUCCGUACCGGUGGUGGGAGGACGAGGCCACGACCGUCCUGUGGACCUUUGAUAUCCGGGAGAUCAGCCUGGUCAUCCAGUUUGGUCUGUUCAGCGACAGCAACCUGCCCCGGACCGUCCUCCAGAGCCGCAACGCCAGCACCAUCGACGGCUUCCUGUCCACCUUCCUGCAGCCGUACGAGCUCACCUUCCUGCCCAAUUUCUCCCAUGUGCAGAAGGUGGAGGAGAUCCUUCGACGAUCCCAGUCGUCGACGCCGUCCAGCGUCUCAUGGAGUUGGUUUCCAGCGCAGGCUCGCCAGGAGACCGAUCCGCUGGCCAUUGCCGUGAGGAUCGAUGCGGAGAGUCACUUGCAAUUCAAAACGGUUCCCUUCGAGGAGUGGGUGCGCUGCGCCCUGGGUUAUCCGGCUCCUGCCGUGGACUGGUUUCUUCUGCAGCACAAUGCCUUCUACAUCCAUCUGUGCCACUACCUGGAGAUGUAUCCGAACGAGGUUGACAAGUACAGGGAGGUUGAGAAGCAUCUUCGGACCCGGAGUCCCUUCACCCAUCGAGCCCUGGUGCAGUGUCUGACCAGAUACCAAAACGGGGAGGCUGACGACCUGCCUCGACAUACGGGCCCAGGGUUUGAAUUCAUCGCCGGUCCGAUCCAGGAGCUGUUCCGAGGCCAUCCAACCGGACUGACCUCUGUUCUGAAAGUGCUUUCUGUGCUGGCGGUCCGGUUCCGCCAGACGUACGUGCACGUCCCGACGAUGGACUGGAACCACAAGUUCGAGACGAGCGUCCCGUUUCUGGACGACCUGCUGGCGUCGAUUUCCCCGGCGGAUCUGGCCCACACCUUGCACAGGAGCGAUGAAUCCGACUUUGCGCGACUGUCGCGGUCGCAGAUCACCGUGGAGAACGAGCCCACCGUGGACGCUCUCCACAACAAAUGGCAUAAGCUCAGUUGCGCGGUGUGGGAGUGCUGCACUGCGCUGCCCGAGCUUGUGGGGUACAUCCGCGAGUGUAUUGAGACACUGCACGGUAUGAGAAACUACCACUCCACGACAGCGAUGAUCAACGGCCUCCAGGCGUACAGCGUUGGAUGUCUGUGGACAACCAACGUCGAUCCCACUCUAGGGAGGAUAACCAUGACCCCUCUGCUGCCACCCAACGUGGCCGAACUGUGCAACACGUCCGACAACUACGCCACGUACCGACAGCAGAUGCGCGAGGCGCCAGGGAUCCCAUUCCUCUAUCCGCACCUUCAGGAGUACAAGAGAAUCGGGGAAGAGGCGCUGAACGAGCUGUUUCAGGGGUCGUAA